AUGCCGGCUGCGAGGAGUCUGGACUCCCUUCCAUUUGACAUUUUUUAUGAAAUCGCAACUUCUUUGGAUGACCGCGACUUUGUUAAUCUGAGUCGUACCAACCGUGCUCUUCAUGAUCUCGCUCAGAGUGACUUAAUUGCACGUAAGACAGUAGAGAACGCGCUCCUAUUCAGCAAAGAAGGACAAUCGGCCUUAGGUCAGGCCGGAUAUACCUUCUGCAAGGCGGUUGGGCAUCGGUUUGACAUCCAUGAAGCGGUCGCUACAGCUGCCCCAUAUUCCGUUUCAUGUCUAGCCUAUGGGGCCGACUUUCUCUACAAUCAAGGGACCCUGUGCUACAGAGUGGAACAGGAGGUUCGUCUGCUGGAUGUGCAUGCUGGGGGUAAGCAGGAACGUGUUCUAAAUUUAUUAGCCGUUCUUCGCCGCCUAUGUUCGGAAUCGCUGGGCGCGGAUGCAGUGGAUCGGGUAUCGUUGCUGCGAUAUGCAGAUGGCAUCCUCGUAUUUCGGUUCGAGGCCGGGGAUGAUCAAGACGACUUGCUGGUGGCGAUUGACAUGGCGCCUCGUCUACAUAACCCCCGCAAGGGACGCCUGCUUUUCAAAAAGCGGAUUCCUGCAGGGGCUCGGGUCUUUGUCCGGCACAACCGCACCUAUAUUUGGUACGGCAUAUUUACUGCGGUGGGUGGCUCAAAUGGCGCGUGGUCCAUCCACAGGGUGGAUAUAGUUUCCGCCAUUAUUUUCAACUUUACCCUUCCUCAAGUCGUUGAUGGCGAUCUUGGUCAAUCCCUUUGUUUUGAGAUGUACAACGAGCAUCUUUACGCAGUAUCCACCCAGGUCGCCUCCGAGGAGAAUGAAAGAUACUCCUCGUUUUAUCAUUGGUUCUGCUACAGCCCGCGCCACAGUCGUCGUGAGUGGCAUGGACAUCUGUGGCGUCGCCAGCAUUGCGAAGGCCCUAUUAACGAGAUGUGGACCGAUCUAUCCAUAUGUACCGACGAGGUCACUGGCCGACCAGUCAUCUUAGAAUGCCGCCGCGAGUGGCCCGAUGGAAAGAGUGAAAACCAUCGCACCUACUAUACCCAAGCCCUCAAAACACCAGAAGAAUGCCUCGCCGAGUACGGCGAAGGCGACAAGAUACCUUCAAUAAUAACAAACGAUCCGAUCCCAUCAGAUGAUUCGGACUCGGAAACAGUCGACUCGCUCAAAUGUCAAGAGUCCAUCCGUAACCUCCACGACCACCGACCCGAAAAGCGCCUACGCCGCGACUACCACGCCGAAUACGAAUCCACCCACGACCAAACAAAAAGACAAGAAUAUAUCGCCGCGCGAACAAAGCACCGCAGCUACAAUCUCGCCGCCUCAACCUUCAUCGACCUCGUCAACGACCCAGCCCUCCAAUCAGACGGCUUCCGAUCCCAAGACCGCCUCCGCCUCCGCACCGUUUCUCGAAAACGCAAAUGUCCCAUCGACGAAGAUGGCGCAGAAGGACCCGCAGGCCUCCUCCUCGGUCCCACACAAUACAAUAAAGAUGGCACACCGGUCGAAGGCUCGGAAGAGCGCUUCGUCUCGCGUGGCGUGCACAUGUGGCCUCCAGAUGACGCGCCGGCUGAACUCAGGCGCCUGCUUUGUCCCGACGCGCGGAUUAGCACUGUGCACGCGAUCUCGGAUGAACGCUCGCUUAUUUACUCGGUGAGGUGCGCGGGCUUACCGACAGGUCACCAGGCCUUGAUCUUGAUAAGUUUUGAUCCGCAGAUUCACUUUUCCACGCUCUCGUCUAUUCGUAGCAUGGAAGCGCCGGUUGUUCCGGAUAAAAUAUUCCCCAUUGAAAGAAUGGAGGGGGGAAAAUCGAAUGCGUCCCUGUUUAGGGAGAUGGCGCCUCUUUAUGAGGCUAUUAAAUGGGGAUACUGGUUACGAUGA